CCGAAUGAAAUGGAUCAGUUCAUUCUCUCUGCGUGGCGUGUCUUACUUUAGGUUAGAUUUGUAUAUUCUCUGGGAUACUGUUUCUUUUCUGAGUCAAAGUGACUGUCAGACACAAACUGGCCCAAAGAGAGAAACUUUAGGAUCAGUAUUGAUUGACGCGAACGGGUUUGAACGAUUCAGUCCGUUUUGGUGAACCGUUAAGAAGUUUACUUUAAAGAACCGGUUCACAAAAACAAUUCGUCCAAACAAAUUGGACAACAGUUUUACGCCUUGCAGGAGACUCGAAAAUAAAAGACUCGAAUUGUAAACAAACAUAUUCCGUCAUCAUAUUGAUUUAUUUAGUAAUUUUCACAGAUCUCCAGAUUUGUUGUUUCUUUCAGAAAACGCGCUGGGUGUGCCUCAGAAACCCACUAAGGCUAUUUUAGGAAUUAGAUUUAGCUGGAAACUGCAAGAAUAUGAAGAUCAUUUUAGGGAUCAUUCUGUUUCUAUCAACAUGCGGUGUGUUUGGUGCUGAAAUUAAUGUGCCAAUAUCAGUGAUGGAGGGACAGACUGUGACUCUUAACACUGAUAUUAUUGAUAUAAGAGAAAGCACUCGAAUAAUGUGGAGGUUUGAAACUUUACGCAUUGCUGAAUUCAAUAACAACAAGACCACGUAUCUCAAUGACACUGAGAGAUUCAACAGACUGAAGCUGAACAGUCAGACUGGAUCUCUGACCAUCAUGGACAUCAAAACCAAAGACACUGGACUUUAUAAAGCAGAGAUCAACCACAACACUGGGACUUCAAAGUGGUUAUUUAAUGUUACUGUCAAUGUUCCAGAUUCAGGUUUAUCUCCAGGUGCUGCGGCAGGAAUAUCUGUCAUCGUUCUUCUGCUGGUGUUUGCAGGAGCAGCAGCUUUUGUGUUUUACCAUCGCCACAAAUUUCUUCCUAAAAAGGAGGCGCAAAAAGGAGAGUUCUCUGUUCAACAAUGUCAGUUGUAUGAGGCGAAGAUAGUGUCUGUGAAGGAGAGAGAAUCUGUCACUUUAAAGCCUGAUGCUGUAAUUGAGAGAGACGAUCAGAUACUGUGGACGUUUGGACCGCAAGAGACUCUUAUUGUUGGAGUCAAUGGAAAUGCCAGAGAGAUGUCCACAGGUGAUGGUGCUGAUGGGAGAUUCAGAGACAGACUGAUGUUGGACUCUACGACUGGAUCUGUAACAAUAACAAAUACAGCAAGUGAACAUGUUGGAGUCUAUAGACUGAAGAUCAUCAGCAGCACAGGGACCUCAUACCAAACAUUCAUUCUUACUCUCAUACAUAAAGAAUUUUUGAUGUCAGUGUCAGAGGGAAGUUCUGUCACUUUAGAAACUGGCACUGAAAUACAGAACGAUGAUCUGAUCCUGUGGAUGUUUGGAGAUGAAGACAGUCUCAUAGCUCAAUUGGAAAAGACCACAAAUACAGUCGCCUUUCCUGAUGCGAGAUUUAAAAGUCUGAACCUCGACAAGAACACUGGAUCUUUGACCAUCACAAACUUCAAAAACAAUCACACAGGACUGUACAAACUACAGAUCAGCAACAACAGCAAGAUAACCUCAAGCAAAACCUUUAAAGUGCUGGUAAACUUCAACAAAGUGUCAGUGACAGAGGGAAACCCUGUGACGCUAAAGGUUCAUGUUGAAAUUGGUAAAACAGAUCAGAUACAGUGGCUGUGCGGAGAAGAAAAUGCUCUUAUAGCUGAAAUUAAGGAAGGGAGCUGGGAGAUUCUUAAAUAUUAUACAGCUGAUGGGAGAUUCAGAGGAAGACUGAUGGUGGAUGACAAGACUGGAUCUCUGACCAUCAAGAACACCAGACCUGAACAUGCUGGAUUUUAUACACUGAAGAUCAACAGCAGCAAAGGGCCAUUGGAAAAACGGUUCUUUGUUAUUGUCAGAGCGAGUAUGAUAUUAGGAAAGGAGGGAAACAACGUCACUCUGAAUGUACAUGCUGAAUUACAAAGAGAUGAUCUGAUCCUGUGGAUGUUUGGAGACGAAAACAACCUCAUAGCUCAAAUGAAUGGAGAAACCACAGAGACCACAUUUACUGAAGCCGACGAGAGAUUCAGAAACAAACUGCUGCUGGACAAGAUGACUGGAUCUCUGACCGUCAGAAACAUUACAAGCGAACACUCCGGAGCUUAUAAACUACACAUAAUCAGCAGCAAAAAGCCCACGUACAGCACAUUCAGAGUCUUUGUGUUUGGUGAAUCUGUUUCAAACACUGUGUCUGUGAUGGCGGGAGAAAGCUUAAUUUUGAUCACUAAUUUUAAUGUAGAGCGAGAUGAGAAGCUGCAGUGGACAUUUGAAGGUGUGACGCUAGCAUCUGGAAUGAACGGAGACGUCAGUAAGACUUUAUACAAGAGUAAUUGGAGAUUCAAAGGCAGGCUGGAGCUGCACCAUCAAACCGCAUCUCUGACCGUGAAAAACACCAGAAGAAGUGACUCUGGAGUUUAUCAGCUGAACUUCUGGAAUAGACGCAAGAAACACAUUCGCUUGGAUGUCAAUGUUACAGUUUCUGAUGACUCCAGAAACACACCGACUGAAUCAGUAAAUAUACAGAUGCCACAUGGAGAAAUCUGAGUAAUCUGUGAGUUAAACGGACCUUCCUGAAAACCUGUUGACGUUUUGAAAGCUUUAGAUAUGCUUUGAAAUCUUUAUGAUAGACUGGAAAAAGUGCUCUUCCUUGAUGUUUUUUUCUAGUGCAAAUAUCCUAAAAAAUCUUAAAUGGAGAAGCGUUUUCUAGACUAGACUUUCUAGUCUUGUUUUAAGAAAUAAUGUAAAAAUAA